CAAGAUCGCAUCCAUCUUCAACCAGAAAUGGUUUGCGAACUGAAUCUGACCCGUGCAAUCCUCCCCGAUUCCGUGCGUUUCGGCGAGGAGUCAUUUAAAUGCUCCGGUACGCAUGCCGGCUGAAGAGCACUUCGCUGAAGCUCGAAAGGUCAUUUCAAGUGGAGAGAGUGCGUGCACCGAGUAUGAUUUGUGACAAAGGAAUUAUCACCAAGAGGCUGGCACAGUAACUUCAAGGUUCCAUAGCUGAGGCGUUCUCAUACCAAGAGCGCGGGAUAUAUUCAAUCAUGCCUGUUCGAAGAGGUCACGUUGCGCCACAAAACACAUUUCUUGGAAUAAUAAUACGGAAAUUCGAGGGACAGAAUCGGAAAUUUGUGAUAGCCAACGCCCGUGUUGAAAACUGUGCAAUCAUUUACUGCAACGAUGGCUUCUGCGAGAUGACAGGCUUCUCCAGACCGGACAUCAUGCAGAAGCCGUGCACGUGUGACUUCCUGCACGGCGAGCAGACUGACUCACACGACAUCGCCCAGGUGACCCAGGCUCUCCUGGGGUCAGACGAGCGCAAGGUGGAGAUCACCUACCAUCGCAAGGAUGGGUCGGACUUCCAGUGCAACAUGCACAUCAUCCCGGUCAAGAACGAGGAGGGCCUUGUGAUGAUGUUCAUCCUCAACUUCGACUACGUCCUUGAUGAGGAAAGCGGGGACUCUACAGAGAAGCUCAACAACACGUCACCCACAAAGUCUGAUCAGAGAAAGAGCAGAUUCUUCCGAUUCCGCCAGGCAGCUUUCAGCCUCAUGGGAACCAGCAAACAGUCGCUUCCCCAAGAGGACCCUGACGGCGUCAUGGUGGACUCCCCCAAACCUCCCGAGGACUCGCUGGCCCUGACCAGCCUGCCCUCGCCCUCCAAGGACAGCCCGACGAAUGCCAACGACACGCACGCCCUCAUCAGCCCCAGUCACCACUCGUCGCAGGUCAGCGUGACAACACCGCUGGACCACUCCUCGCCCAAACACCCCUGGGACCGGCUGUACCAAACGGAGCAGCACCAGUCCACCACCUGCCUGGCCACUACCAACGCCUUCCCCCAGGGGAGCAUCAGCACCAUGAGACGAGCCUCGUCCGUCCAUGACAUGGAGGGCUUCAGCUCCAACACCAAAGCCCUCUUCCGGGACCGGCAUCAGAGUGAAGGUCCAUUCAACCACCUGAAGUCCAGUCUGCUGGGCUCCACCUCCGACUCCCACAUCAACAAAUACAGCACCAUCAACAAGAUCCCUCUCAUCGCCCUCAACUUCUCAGAGGGGAACGAGAGGAAGGCCCACUCGCCUCCUGCAUCUGAGAAAACCAUCAUCGCUCCAAAGGUCAAAGACAGGACUCACAACGUCACUGACAAAGUCACACAGGUGUUGUCUCUGGGAGCUGAUGUCCUACCAGAGUACAAGCUCCAGACCCCACGCAUGGACCGCUUCACCAUCCUCCACUACAGCCCCUUCAAGGCUGUGUGGGACUGGCUCAUCCUGCUGCUGGUCAUCUACACCGCCAUCCUGACGCCCUACUCCGCCGCCUUCCUCCUCAACGACCGCGAGGAGCAUAAACGGCGCGAGUGCGGCUACUCCUGCUCCCCGCUCAACGUGGUGGACCUCAUGGUGGACAUCAUGUUCAUCAUCGACAUCCUCAUCAACUUCAGGACCACCUACGUCAACGUGAACGAGGAAGUGGUCAGCCACCCUGCCAAGAUCGCCAUCCACUACUUCAAGGGCUGGUUCCUCAUCGACAUGGUGGCCGCCAUCCCCUUCGACCUGCUGAUCUUCGGCUCCGGGUCAGAUGAGACCACAACUCUGAUUGGCCUGCUGAAGACUGCCAGGCUGCUGCGAUUGGUCCGCGUGGCCAGGAAGCUGGACCGCUACUCUGAGUACGGUGCUGCAGUCCUCAUGUUGCUCAUGUGCAUCUUCGCCCUCAUCGCCCAUUGGCUGGCCUGCAUCUGGUACGCCAUCGGGAACGUGGAGAAGCCGUACCUGGAGCACAAGAUUGGCUGGCUGGACAACCUGGGCGUGUCCAUCGGGAAGCGAUACAACUACAGCGACCCCAACUCCGGUCCAUCCAUCAAGGACAAGUACGUGACGGCUCUGUACUUCACCUUCAGCAGCCUGACCAGCGUGGGCUUCGGGAACGUCUCCCCCAACACCAACUCUGAGAAGAUCUUCUCCAUCUGCGUCAUGCUGAUUGGCUCCCUCAUGUACGCCAGCAUCUUCGGGAACGUGUCGGCCAUCAUCCAGCGCCUGUACUCGGGCACGGCGCGCUACCACACCCAGAUGCUGCGGGUGCGAGAGUUCAUCCGCUUCCACCAGAUCCCCAACCCCCUCCGCCAGCGGCUGGAGGAGUACUUCCAGCACUCCUGGACGUACACCAACGGCAUCGACAUGAACACGGAGGUUCUAAAAGGCUUCCCAGAGUGUCUCCAGGCUGACAUCUGCCUCCACCUGAACAAGAACCUGCUGGAGGACUGCAGGGCCUUCCAGGGGGCCACCAAGGGCUGUCUGCGGGCGCUGGCCAUGCGCUUCCAAACCACCCAUGCCCCCCCCGGGGACACCCUGGUCCACAGCGGGGACGUGCUCACUGCCCUCUACUUCCUGUCGCGCGGCUCCAUCGAGAUCCUGAAGGACGACAUCGUGGUGGCCAUCUUAGGGAAGAACGACAUCUUUGGAGAGAUGAUCCACCUGUACGCCAAGCCGGGGAAGUCCAAUGCGGACGUGCGAGCGCUGAGCUACUGCGACCUGCACACCAUCCAGAGAGAGGAGAUCCUGGAGGUGCUGGACAUGUACCCUGAGUUCGCUGACCUCUUCCUGACUAACCUUGAGCUGACCUUCAACCUCAGAGACGACAACGUGAAAGUAGAGCCCAUGUAUUCUCACGGCAGUGACUCAGAGGGAGAGGAGAACAAAAGAAGGAGGCGUAUCUCCUUCACUCCACAUCCGUCGAAAGGGGGAAGCAUCAAGGAAGUGGAGCAGGACUCGGCGAGGCAGAGGGAUGCGUUCUCGGGCCUGAAGAGGGAUUCGGACAACAUGAAAGACUUGGAGAAGGAGGAGCUGUGGUCUCUGGGAAGAGGGGGGAAGGGUUGCUCGUCUGUGGAGGCAGCCACUCAGGGGCCGGACGCACACCACACAGGAGGAGAGCCCCUGCCCAGAGACAACAUGGACAAGAGCCCCUUGUUUGAAGAUCUGUGUGAUGAUAAAUGGGCUUGUGAAAAGCCCACAGACUACCUGGAUGAGUCAGCACAAUCGCAAGGAGAGCAAGGAGAGGACGACUCUGCGAGUGAGAUCACGUAUGGCGAGGUGGAGCAACGUCUGGAUCAGCUGCAGGAACACCUGAACAGACUGGAGUCCCAGAUGACGACAGACAUCCAGACCAUCCUGCAGCUGCUGCAGAGGCAGUCCACCCUGGGUCCUCCAGCCUACAGCACAGUGACUGGCAGCCCAGACUACCUGAGGCCCUCGGUGAGGAUCCAGCCCAUGGCUGCCCUGAUGCCCAGCCAUUUCUUCAGCCAUGCAUCCACACAGGGUCCUGAACUCAGUCUAGAGAGGACUCUUCCAGACCCCAGAGCCUCGUUGUCAGUCUUGUCCCAGGUGGCUCCCGCCCUGGGGGAGAACCUGACAGCACUCUUUGUACAAAGACACACAAUACCACUACCACCACAACAACAGCAACAACCAACCAUAACCCAUCCACACUCGAAAUCCAUCCUUCUUCCAGUGGACACCUGCUCACCUUCAGUCCUGUCCCCCGACAACAACAUGUGUCUGCGACCAGCCUCAGACCCCGGGCCGCCCAGACCGUAGGUCUGACAGGGAGCUUCAGGACCACUGGCUCUUAGCUGCAUAGUGACACUGUCAUUACUUUCAGAACAACAACGUUGGGAUUCAAAUCUACUGUAUCUCUAUGAUACAUUUUAAUGAAAUAUUAAAUAUCUAGAAUACAGUUUUCAACAGUAACACAGACAUUUCUAUAAUGCAAUUUUCUUAAGCUGUCAUCGAAGUAAUUACAGAAUUACUAUUCAACUGUGGGAUCAAACUAAUGUAAAGUGUUGCCACUCGUAUAACUGAAGUAUGACUCAGGGUUUCCUGGACUGUUGCAUUGCAAUAUGUGAGGUGCAGUAUGCUGUCGUUAUCUUCCUUAAACCAUGUGCAUUAUUCCACAUGUCCAUGCAGUCAUGCACCCUAGGGUGUUCCACUGCCAGCAGCACAGACAGCAUACGUGCUUGUCCAGGUAGAUAAGCUAACGUGCAUGUUUGAGAGUGUUUUCUGUUGCAUGUUAUCUCUCAGUCCCACCACUGACAAGCUAGUGUGAUGUUGGCAUGACUACAAGGCGGUACAUUUAUGGAUGGAUUUAAGUUUUUGCACUGCUUAUUUGAACCAAAUGUAGCAUAUAAUAUACUGUACUGUACAAUCCAUGUCCAAACGUUUCAGUUUUUUUUUAAUAUUACACUUGGUUUUACUCUCUUAUGUGUGUAGUGUUUGAAACACAUGACAAAAUGAAAACUAGCAGAUUAAUAGUCUCAAGGAAUAGAUGGGGUGUCGUGCCUAUAACUAAGUCCAAAAAUCUAAUAAGUCAACUAAUGUAGCCUACAUUAUAUUCAUGAACAAAAUCAGCAAAAUCACAUUGUUUUCCAUUGUUAUUGUUAGUCAAAAUGCACAUUCAUGUUAAAGAACAUCUUGUAUGAAUUACAGAUGUCAAACAAAAAGAAGAAGAAAAACUAUUAUUACUUAUAAAUCCUAAGAAAUCUAUGAUGGGAUUUGGUUGUGAAUGAAAUAUUAGAUGUAGCACUUCAGUAGCUUCUCUCAAUGUGGGAGAUGUCAAAUUAUAAACACAAACAUUCACUUUUUGAACUUCCAAAUAGCUAUUUUCCUACAAAGUGUUCAAGUGGAAGUACCUUUAUCACCUGAACAAGUAUUUGCACUACAGAGUUUGAACACUCAGCAAUGCAGUUCCCUUUCAUAUUUCAUUUAAUUUGGUAAUGUCAUAAAAUGCAUAAAGCACAUGUAAUUUAAUAAAAAUCUACUUUUCUCCUAAAGUCAUUUUGAUUGUAUAGAAGUAUCUAUACAAUGAUAUCCUUGAUGUGAUAAUACUGCAUUGCAUGUUAGUAGGAUGAAGUGCAACAGGAGGAUGUGGGAAGGGACCUGCCCACAGAGAAUGAAGACUCAGAGAGACUCCACUUCCACAUCGCUACAGGGGACAUGAGAGACAGGAAAUCACAAAACCUUGUUUUAUGUGUCACUGUCACUCAUUUUAAAAAGACCCGGAAAAAAUGACUGUUUAAUGACUGAAGGAAGAAUACAUGGCAAUAAAAGAUCAGGCCAGUGUUUGUUUCAGCUGAAGAUUGAAUCACUUUGGUCCUAAAACAUACGUUACAAUUUGCAGUUUAUAUACACUUUGAUUUUGUGCAUUUUAAAAGUCUGUCACUGACACACCUGCAGCACCAGAUAUUCUGAAUGUCUCAACUCUGAAAAAUAACUACCUUCAUUAUGUAAAACACUGUUGGUUUAGGAAA